AUGAUCGGGGAGAAAGAUCUCGCCGGAGAUGGAGAGUGUUCUCGAACCAAAACAUCCAAGCCUCGAUUCUCUCAUCUAAGCAACGACAAUCAAGACGAGAAAAUCGGCGGUCGGUUUCAGAAUCAGAAAGGCGUCGAUUUCCUCAGCGUUCGCUCCAAUAACCUCGAUGGGCUUUCAUCGAAAUCAUCGCCCAGAUCAGGCAACGAGCUCACUCUCAGCUAUCUCUGUGAAAACCGCGAGCUCUCCGGGAAAAUCGCUGAAAGUCUUGGUCAAAAGGGGAAAGAGGUCGUUGCGUUUUCGGAGAAUUCGAGCUACGACGAGAAAUGGAUCGAGAGAGAUUUCUUCAAUCUGAGAGAAAUCGGUCCGAAUUCUUCGAAGCGGAAGGCUCAGGAAGACGAACGAGAAGAAGAAGAUGCUGCGGAAGAAGAAGCCAAGAAGAGCAACAAAAUUGAAACCCUAAAUCUCUCUUUAGCUCUCCCGGACGUUUCUCUCUCACUAACGGCGUCAAACGCCGUCAAGAGGCCGAGAGUGGCGACGAACAGCGAACGAACGACGACUUCCUUCUCCAACGAUUUCACGGCGACGGCGCCGUCAAUGUCGUACUCCUACUCUCACCCUUUCUCUCACAACAUCAGCUGCUCGAUGACCCGAAACUCCACAGACUUCGAUUGCUCCGUCGGGAAAGACGACCACAUCUGGUGCGCCGGCGAAGGAACCAACGGAUCUGUCCACAGCCGAUUCAGACCCAUCGGAGACGGAGUCGGCCUCGCGAGCAAUCCCAUUUCCGGCAAACCCGCUACCUCCUCCGAUUACUCCUUCUUCCCUUCCGAGCUACCAGCUCGGCCGGGGACGGAACUCGCCGUAUCCGGCGAUUCGAGGAAGAAACUACCCAAUCCAGAAGAAAACGAUGCGGCCAGAUCGGAGAGGGUCCUAUACGACAUCGUUUCGGAAUCGAUUUCUUCAGUAUCCUUAAUCAUUCAAGGAAUGGCUGAUGAAACUCUAGAAUCCGCCAAAGAGUACUUACGGAACUUGAUCGACUCGCCGGAGAAGAAGGAGAAGCUGACGAAUCUUCAGAGCCAGAUCGACAAAAGAUCCGAUCUUAGCAAAGAGACGUUAUCGAAAUGCGUCAAGGAUCAGCUUGACAUCCUCGUAGCCGUGAGAACAGGGCUCAAGUACUUCCUCUCCGGUAAAAUCCGAAUCCCGAUGAACGAAUUGGUAGAGAUCUUUCUCUUCGUGAGAUGUAGGAAUGUGAAUUGCAAGUCUCUCUUGCCUGUUGAUGACUGCGAAUGCAAAAUCUGCGCCAACAACAAAGGCUUUUGCAGCUCUUGUAUGUGCCCUGUGUGCCUGAGGUUCGAUUCCGCUAGCAAUACUUGUAGCUGGGUUGGUUGCGAUGUGUGCUCUCAUUGGUGUCACGCUGCGUGUGGGAUUCAGAAGAAUCUGAUCAAGCCUGGACAUAGCUUGAAAGGUCCUCGAGGUACGACUGAGAUGUUGUUUCAUUGUAUUGGAUGUGCUCACAAGUCGGAGAUGUUUGGAUUCGUUAAGGAUGUGUUUGUGUGUUGCGCUAAGAACUGGGGGCUUGAGACUCUGGUCAAGGAGCUUGAUUGCGUUAGAAAGGUCUUCCGAGGAAGUGAUGAUGGUAAAGGCAAAGCAUUGCAUGUCAAAGCCAAUGAAAUGGUUAAGAAGUUGGAGACGAAACAGAUUUCUCCGCUUGAUGCCUCUAACUUCAUCAUUCAGUUCUUCAACUAUGCAGAGUCGGUAACAGAGUUUCCGGAACCGAAGGAGCAAACAGUUGUUGCGGCAGAAACGAGCUACAGGAAAGACGAGGCAUCUGUGACGCCUUCAACAUCCAAGGAUCAGAAGAAGAAGAGCUUUGCGUUAACCGAUGCGAUGAUGAACAGUUUUGAUAGUUUAGAGAGCAUGGUGAGAAUCAAGGAGGCGGAAACAAGAAUGUUCCAGAAGAAAGCUGAUGAGGCGAGAAUAGAGGCGGAGAGUUUCAAGAGGAUGAUAGAGAUGAAGACGGAGAAGAUGGAGGAGGAGUACACGGAGAAGCUAGCGAGGCUGUGUCUGCAGGAGACGGAAGAGAGGAGGAGGAGUAAGCUGGAGGAGCUGAAGAAGCUUGAGAACUCGCACUGCGAUUACAGGAACAUGAAGCUGAGAAUGGAGGCUGAGAUUGCAGGAUUGUUGAAGAGAAUGGAAGUCACAAGACAGCAAUUGGUAUGA